GAUUAACAACAUAUAUCUUAACAUUUCAUUCUCUUCUUGCUCAUUCAACUUCCACCAUUUUCUCUUAACAAGUCUCUCAUCUCUCAAUCCUAAUUAUUAAAUCUGCCACCUUUCCAAGAACAAAGUCAUCAUCACUCGUCACUCAUGGCUGCUUAUUAUAUUGUUGCUUCUGGGAACACAACUGAUGCUAGCGAAAAGGAAUAUAGUAUCGUUCACUUCCAAAAUCCCUCCAACAACUAUGGCAUCAAAAAAGUACCAACUAAUCAAGUUUAUAAACAAACACUAUUUUCAAUAUUCAAUUUCCUAAAACCCUAUAAAAUUACAACUAUCGAAGAAAAUCUUUCUAUAGACAAAUGCAAAGAUGUGUAUUUGCUAUCAAGAGAUGACAUAAGAAAUCAUCGAAGCAAAUAUAAUUUUCUUCAUAUUGGGUUGGUACAAUUUUCUAUAGUUAAUUCUUUAUUAACCAAUGAAGAAACACUUAAUGUCACAAUAAGUUUAAGGGACUCAAAGUACCCGAAAUUCGAGGAUUCAAUCUUGGUUCGUUUGGAUUCAGAUUUUUGCAAGGGUGACGUGAAGUUUAAUUGGUUUCCGAAUUUCUCGACACGUUUGUCUGAUCUAGCGAACUCGAACGCCUUGGUUGUGACUAUUGAUGUUCCAGAUGAUUCUGUGAAAUUGAAAGUUAGAUAUAGGGUAUGUUAUAAAUUAAUGAAGAAAUCUUUUAAGACGGAUUAUCUAUUUCAAAAUCCUGUGAUAGAGGUGGAUACUGAGAAAACAAAAGUUGUGGUUCCAAAAUCUAGUAAUAGUCAGAGUUGAGUAGUAUAUAAUAUAUGGAUUCUGUUUGUUAUAUAGUUGGUGAAAGGUUGAAGUUGUGAAGAUGGAAAACAAUGAAGGUGUAUGCAAGUUUGUAAUAUUUAUGAGUCGCUUGUAUGUAACAUGUCUAGUAAUUAUUAUGGUUUGGAUUUUAUGCAUUUUAGUUUUAGGUUAUAAUUCAUCUCUUUAUGUUAUUUAGGUGAAUUUGUUGUAGAUUGGAAUUAUGUAUUAGAACUGAUGUUUUUGUUGUCUUGAACUUUGCAUUUAACCAUCACUUUAUCUUUUGCUUAUUAAAAAACACACACUCUAUCUUUCCCUUUUGGCUAGUACUUUACUAGAAGAUGCCCUUUUUAUUAGAGGUGGUGCGUUGUUGGGUCUGAUUUGGAAAAGAUGAGGAGUUCUUUUAACUUAAAGAUAGUCGUCUUCUCUUAACAAUCAUUUAAAUUGAAUUUCUACUAAGAAAUAUUUUUUUAAAAAUUGUGCCAUAAAUCCUGUAUUUAUUUGCUGUCAGAAUCGAUUGGAGUGGACCAAUCACUUUUUGCUAG